AUGGAAGGGUUUUUGAUGAAAUGGACUAAUUAUGUUUAUGGGUGGAAAAGAAGAUAUUUCUCUGUGAAAAAUGGGCUUAUAAGCUAUUCUAAAAAUAAAGACUCCAAAAAGAAAGGAGAAAUGAGACUAUUAAGCUCACAGAUCGUUAAGCACCCAGCUGAUCCCAAAAGAUUUUCUAUAGAAGGGGACACAAUUUCUUAUUACCUUAAAGCUUCUUCUCCAAAAGAAGCUUCUCAAUGAAUCCAAGCUUUAAAACAAGCCCAACGGGACGCCCACAUCCACCUAUCAUUGCCGCCAUCUCUGUCAAAUUUAUCUCCAAGAAGCCCAAUUCUCCCUGACAAUUCUGCUUUCACUCACUCCUUAGCCUUAAAAUUAAGUGAAAUAUGAGGGAUUCAUGCACAAAUGCAGGAAGCAGUUGACAUGAUUCCUCCAUUAGUCAUACAAAGUAUCCCAGGUUUAGACUCAGUUUUAUCAUUAUCUAAUGCAAUCAAAAAAGUAGCUUCGGAAGCUCUUGCUAUGAUUGAUGAAGAAGAACAUAAGCCGAGGCUUAGUAUAAAUAGCACAGUUAUUGACGAAGAAAAGUUUCUUCCAAGGCAGAGCUUGGAUAUGAAUUAUUCUGAGCCUAUUUUUGAGCUAGAAAAGCCUGUAGGUUUACAAAAAGUAAUAUAUGAAGAAGAAUGCAAAGAGAUUGAAGAAAUCGAAUUUGAGGACGCCAAAAGUCAUUAUUCUGAUGAUUCUGAAAAAAAUAAUUUAAAAAUAAUUCCUCAUAGAAAAUCAUUGCCAGUCCUAAGAAACCCGAACCAAAGGAUGAAUAUUUGGAAAGUUGUAAAAGAUUCAAUUGGAAAAGAAUUUUAUAAAAUUACUGUCCCGGUUUAUUUUAACGAGCCUUUAAGCUUUAUUCAAAGAGUUACUGAAGAUAUGACUUAUUCUGAAAUUAUAGAAAGGGCUUGUGAAGAAAAAGAUCCUCAGCUGCGCCUUGCUCUUGUAGCGUGUUUUGCUAUAAGUCAAUUUUCUAUGUGUAUUAAUCGGACAAUGAAGCCAUUUAACCCUCUGUUAGGGGAAACUUUUGAAUUAGAAACCAAAGGCUUUCGCUGUCUUUCUGAACAAGUAAGCCAUCAUCCACCUAUUGCAGCAAUGCACACAGAACAUCCUAAAUAUAUAUACUGAGGAAACACCGAAGUAAAAACCCGCUUUAAAGGCACUUAUAUUCAGGCAAACCUUGUCGGCGCUUUCCAUUUAAUUUUAAAAGAAUUCAACGACCAUUUUAUUUUCCACAAGCCAAACACAAAUAUAUAUAAUUUCAUUAUGGGAAAAAUUUAUAUUGAUUUGUCAGGGACCAUAGAAAUGUCCAAUUUUUCUACAGGAGAUAGGGCGACUGUUGUAUAUAAAAAACGAGGGAUGUUUGAAAAAGUCAAUUAUGAGAUUGAAGGAGGGGUCUAUGAUAAUUAUGGAGUUGAAAAAUAUUCUUUAGAAGGAAAAUGGAAUGAGGAAGUAAACAUCAAAGAAAAUUCGACAGGAAAAAUCAUAAAGGGAUUCGAAAUGGCCCCAUAUCCAGACAAUCAUGAAAUGAGCUAUUAUUUUUCUGAUUUUGCUUUACAGUUAAAUAUAUUGCCUGAGCAUUUUAAUAAUUUACCGCCAACUGAUGUAAGAAAAAGGCCUGAUCAACGAGCAUUGGAAAAUGGAAAUCUAAAAUUAGCUGCAAGUGAAAAGUGGAGGUUAGAAGAAAAGCAAAGAGAUGCAAGAAAGAGAAGAGAAGAUAGAGGGAUUGAGUAUAAGCCAAGGUGGUUUGUGUAUCAAGAUGAUGAAUGGGUUUAUAAAGGUGGCUACUGGGAAGCUAAAGAGAUAGGAGAUUUUUCUGAUUUGCCUGAUAUAUUUUAG